GUCACGCAGUGGUCACCAGUGUUUAAACUUCUAGCGUAGACGCUUUAUCCGCGUCUAGUAGACUGUAGGAAGUCGUCAAUCAAAAACUGGGGACAUCGAAGGACAAUUUCGACACCGUGGUGUAGUAUACGUUACAAAUUUGUGAAGUUGUUGUUCCCUUGAGGAGCCUAUUUCAAAUCGCUCAAGGAGRCCGGAAGUGCAUGCGGAAAUCGACCGAAAUAUAAAGAAUUUCUGCUGUAAUAUACCAUGGCUACAAAGUAUGAAAUACCCGAAGAAGCUGAUGUCAAMCUACUGAGCAAUUUAGGAGAGGAAGUAGAAAUGAAAACAUUUAAAACAAACGUUCCCCCGAAGUUACAGCGUGUAGACAAAGACGAAGUGCUGAAUAUUAAAAUUCUUUGCCUUGGGGACUAUACCGGCGGGGGAGUGGAAAAAGGGUUUUUUAUCAAAGAUUAUCUGCAAGUCACACCACCGGCACCGACCGGACUGCGUCCAGUAAUCGGUGGCGACUUUCCCUUGAAAAUAUUAAAAUGUGAAAAAGACGUCGAUCACAAUCCACGGCCAAUUACCAUCAAAUUACGUUUCUUUGAGGUGGCAGAACAAGAGCGCUUCGGKWCACGCAUGAMAACUYUUUAUUAUAGGGRCAGUCAUGGGGCAUUAAUAUUCUGGGGUCCGAGCMRUCCAUCCUCRCUGGAUGGRGCUCCGAAAUGGUUGAAAGACGUGAACAGRGUUUGUCCAUUAAUUCCGUGCGUUCUUGUCACGGCCAACACUUUWAAKAAGCCUCURUAUGGUCCYGGAGAGAAAUUCGAGAGUGAGAUGGCAUUUGAUCAGUUCUGGAAAGAUCAUGGGUUUAUCGGUCAUUUUGAGAUCAAGUCCCGUGACUGGGAAUCUGGUGAAAACAGCGUAUUCGGACAAGCUGUAAACUGUCUUAUUGAGAAGAUUUUAUGAAAAAACUUGGAUGCAUACAAAAUGAUGGAUGCAUACAAAAUGAAAUUUAC